AUGAACUAUGCUGAAAUUGAAGAAGAUAUGCUUUUGAUGGCCUACAUCGAAAAGAAGGAGAUUAACUCAGGUGAUACAUGGUACUUAGACUCUGACUGCAGCAAUCACAUGAGUGAUGCCAAUGAUGAAAGCAAGACUGAAGAGGAAGAGCAAUCCCCUGGAGAAAAUUUAAAAUGGAGGAAAGCCAUGGAUGCAGAGAUAGAAGCAAUUAAAAAUAAUGAUACUUGGGAGUUAACUAAUCUUCCUGAAGAAGGAAAAACCAUUGGUGUUAAAUGGAUAUACAAAACAAAGCUAAAUAAGAAAGCAGAGGUUGAUAAAUUCAAGGCUUGGCUGGUGGCUAAGGGAUAUACACAAGAAUAUGGUGUGGAUUAUGCUGAAGUUUUUACACCGGUUGCAAAACAUGACACCUUUCUUUUGGUGGUUUCAUUGAUAGCACAAAAUUCUUGGCCUAUUUAUCAACUUGAUGUAAAAUCCACCUUCCUUAAUGGUGAGUUGAAUGAGGAAGUCUUCGUUGAUCAACCUUCAGGUUAUGUGCAUAAAGGGAGUGAGCAGAAAGUUUAUAAAUAG